AUGCUGAGAUAUGUGUUUGGAUUGUCAUUGUGGAUUGUGCUGUGCUUUAUAAAGGACGUGGAGCCAGUGAAAUGCACCAUCAAUAUUACUGAGAGCAAAUCUUCCGCACAAUAUCUAUACGUAAAGUGGAGUAGCCCUGGGAUCACUUGCAAUUUCAGUUUGACUUGCAGUUCAAGCAACUUUUGGCAAACGACAUGCAAUCCCAUCCAAAAAAACAAUGAUACUUAUGAAUGCACGCAACUUGGACUUGAGGCAGGAACAGUUUAUGACAUAACUAUAGAAGCACAACAAGAUGGGGAGACAAAGAAUUUUACAAACAAACAGACCCUCUUCCUCCAUCAAAAUUUGAGGUAAGAAGAAACACAGUCACACCAAAUAGUUUCCAGGUCUUUUGGAAACCAUCUUUA